ACUGAACGCCGCAACAGCUCCCCGCGGACAGUUCCCCGUGGCGGCGGCAUGGGCAACGAGGAACAACAGACAGACAGGAAAAAGACGGGAAAACCACCCAUCGACGAUUCCCCUAUUAUCGAAGAGGCUCUCGAAUUAGAGGUGGGUUUUGAUGAGGAUGGCGAGAAUUUUGCCGACGUCGAUGAAGUCGACCAAAUUGUCGCCGUUGAUGAUGCGCUUUGCCACCAACAAGGUGAAGAUUUGCAUGAAAGCCUCAGUGAAGUUGGAGCCGUGGAGGACUUUGAAAUGGAUGGUUCUCUGGCCUCCGAGGCCGUGGAAGAGUACGAGGAAGAUGAAGAGGAUGAAGAUGAUGAUGAGGAGGAUGAUGAUGAGGUGGAUCACGAGCGGGGUGACACAGGUGAUGAAUAUGAAGAGGCUGAUGACACGGCAGCAGCAGCUCUUGUGGACGCGAGAAACCAAGUCGACUCGGAAACUGGUUUCGCCGGAAGUGAGCUAGUCCAGCCCUUCAAGAUAACUCAAUUUCAGCCAACAAACAGCACCCGCCGCAGCCCUGUGGAAAUAGGCCAGCAGCAUCGGUCAACAUUACCAAGCGAAACCCUAGCAGCGGUUAAUGGUUUCAGUUCACUCUUUGGACCUGUCAGUCAUGAGGUACCGGCGUCCUCAUUUCAAUGCGAUGGUAACCCUGAGCGCAAUGCUCUCUGGCGCAGGAGGGUGGAGACCCAAAUGCAACUUUGCCAAGACACCGAAUUCGGUCUUUCCCCUACUCGUCGCCUCCUAGAACCAGAGGACGGUAAUAGAAUCAACGAUGGUCCUGGCGCCUCAACCCUCUUUGCUCUCCAACCUCCAGCCAAGGCCAGUUUGCCGCCAGUCAAAACCUCUUCGGGCAGGAUUAUUAGUAAUGGUGGUGCACAACACCACGGGCGGUUGCAUUCCCCCAUCUCGGUGACUCUUAAUCCCAUUACUGCCGUAGGCAGCUCGGCUCCGUUUUCUUCCGUUGUGACCACUCCCUCCACCUCGCUUACCUCCGCCGCAACUACCACGGGUUCGCUGUCCUUUGCUUACGCCAUGCACGCCAUCGGCCUGGAUACCUCCUCCAGCCUCAGUUUUCACGCCGAUGAGGACGACAAUGAGGGUGACGGGGAUGAUGAUGACGGGGGCGGAGACGAAGACGAGGAGGAAAGUAAAGCCUACUGCGUGGGAGAUGUUGAGGAACAGGAUCAGGAGAGGAACGCCGGUGUGAGCGCUCGUGGUGGUGGUGGCGCAGAUGUGGGCGAGGACGAGGACGAGGACUCCUUUACUUCUCUACCACCUCCUCCCCGACUCACCACUAUUUGCAGAAGGCCUCUUAGCGAAGCUCCUGCUGCAAGCUGCACCUGUUCCCUCCAGAUGCCUGCUGUGCAAACUAGAAGUAGCAAAGGCGCUGACCGGAAUGAAAAUGACGUUGAUGAUACGACCAUGACAAGCGAUCGCGACGUUUCUGAGUCUGCUAUGGACACCUGCAGUUGCCGACGUUCGUGGUCAAGGCCCGCUUUCAUGAGUGCCGCCUCCUUCUCAGGAAACCUGGCGACACACCGAAGCAGCAGUGGUAGUGAUGAUGGGGAAGACCCCUCGACAUCUCAUCAGAUGCAUCGAACCCGCAGUUUGACCUCGACAUGGCGAUCGCCGCCGCCACCACCACCUUCGCAUUUGUCCUCUCCCACUGACAACCGUGAGGGGAAGUCAACAGGGAUGACGCAGGCUACAAUGAAUGGAUUUCAUGCCACCGCCGGUCCCAUUCAUGAGUCUGGAGAUGCCGUAUCAUCAGCAUCCUCCCUUCCCUCCUCAGUGUCGUCAAAGUGCGAUGCUGGUGAGCCCAUGACCGUUAAAACGCCGCCACACAGUACUAAACCCAGUGAUGUCAGCUUGGCUGUUCUCUGUAAACGUAUUGGUCGACUUCAAGGCGAAGCGAAGGCAAUUGCCCAGUCACUAGGUCUGCCUUCCGACACCCUGAAGACGGCAGCAACAUCAACUUGGCCGGCCUCUUCCUCUAUUCCUGCCCAGUCAACUGUACAUGUGUCAUUAGAGACAUCAUCAUCCUCGCCAGCAGCAAUUGAGAAGGCGCCUUCUGACUCUUCGGCGCACGUGUCGCCUAAAUCUCCUCUCCCAGAAUGA